AUGACGAUGGACGAGAAGAAUGCGGUCGAAGGCCUUGCUACUGUCGGAUCCCAUGAUGGAGACAACGAGCAUAUCGAGACCAUUGCUGGUAGCACUGCUUUCAACGAUGCAUUGAUGCGAGAGCACCCCACCCUGAUGAGCCCGACCACCAUCCUGCUCUUCGCAUGCACUCUUCUUGGCUGUUUGUGCCAAACCAUGAACGGUUAUGACGGAAGUCUGCUCAAUGGCCUGCUCAUCAACCCGCAAUUCAAGACUUUCUUCCAUGGCUCCAACGCUGGAAUUUGGGCUGGUAUCGUGUCGUCCAUGUACCAAAUCGGAGGUGUCGUUGCUCUUCCCUUCGUCGGUCCCGCCAUUGAUACGUGGGGUCGUCGCUGGGGUAUGUUCAUCGGCUCUAUGAUCAUCCUGCUGGGCACGAUCGUCUCUGGAACCACAUUCAAAGAUGCAAGCGUCGGACAAUUCAUGGGUGGCAGAUUCAUUCUCGGCUUCGGUGUAUCCAUCGCUUCCUCCGCAGGACCCAUCUAUGUCGUCGAGAUGUCUCACCCUGCAUACAGAGGCAAAGUGACCGCCUACUGCAACACCUUCUGGUUCACUGGUAGUAUUAUCGCAGCAGGCGCUGUUAGAGGCGCUCUCGAUCUGUCAGGAAACUCUUCAUGGCUUCUGCCCGUCUGGCUCCAAUGUCUGUGUCCAGGAAUCAUCGUCAUCUUCUGUUGGUUCAUUCCCGAGUCACCCAGAUGGCUCUAUGUCAACAACAAGCGAGAGUCCGCCUUGGCAACUCUUACCAAGUGGCAUGGACAAGGAGACUCGGAGAGCGCAUGGGUGAAGCUACAAUUGGCCGAAUACGAAGACUUCUUGAACAUGGACGGCGCCGACAAGCGCUGGUGGGAUUACAGCGCUUUGUUCAAGAAGGCCAGCUCGCGCUACAGACUCGCUUGCAACUGCGGCUUUAGUAUCUUCGCACAAUGGGCAGGAAAUGCCGUCUUGACUUACUUCAUCGGUGCUGUGCUCGACACCGCUGGAUACCACACAGCCAUUCAGCAAACCAACAUCAACUUGGGAUACUCAUGCUUCCAAUUCGUCUUCGCGCUGAUCGGAUCUGCCUUUGUCGACAAAGUCGGUAGACGUCGUCUGAUGAUCACCGGUAUGGCUGGUUGUGCUGUCGUCUGGGUUGGCAUGACCACAGCCAGUGGCUUGUUCAACGAGACUCAGGAUGCCAGUGCUGCCAAAGCAACUGUCGCCAUGAUCUUUAUGUUUGGCGCAAUCUUCUCUUUCUGCCUCACGCCUCUUCAAGCUCUUUACCCUGUCGAGGUGUUGUCCUUCGAAAUGCGUGCCAAAGGUAUGGCGUUCUCGAGUCUGGCUGUCAACGCCGGUGGCCUCCUCAACCAAUUCGCCUGGCCUGUCUCUCUCAAGAACAUUGGAUGGAAGACGUACAUUGUGUUCAUCGUUUGGUGCACAGUUCAGACGGCGAUCAUCUGGUGGUUCUUCCCUGAAACGAAGAACAGAACUCUCGAGGAACUCGACGACAUCUUCGAAGCUUCCAACCCAGUCAAGAAGUCAUUGGAGAAGAAGCAGGUGUUGGUCAGCGAGCAACACGGUGUUGCUGUUAUCGAGAAGGUUGUGGUGUAG